AUGGAGGCUAUGGCCAAACUCGCAGCUAUUGGCGCGCAGAUGGGCGCGACCAUCAAGCUCGACCUCACAUCAGACGUAACCCACCUCAUCGUCGGCAGCACCGACAGCGCCAAAUACCGCUAUGUCGCCAAGUCUCGCGAGGACGUCAAGGUCCUCUCUCCGGAGUGGCUCGAAGCCUUGAGGGAGGUGUGGAUGACCGGCGAUGACGACCUGGACAUGGCCGCGCUGGAAAAGGAGUACCGCAUGCCGACGCUUGCUGGGCUGAAGAUAUGCCUUACCGGCUUCGACAACCCCGAUCAACGCAAGACCAUUCAGGAGUCAGUGGACGCCAACGGAGCCGAGUACCACGGCGACCUCACCAAGUCCGUCACCCACCUCAUCGCAGCGGCGCCAUCGGGCAAAAAGUACGAACACGCCCUGAAUUGGAGGAUGAAGAUUGUGUCGCUGGAGUGGCUCGAACAAAGUCUGGAGAGGGGCAUGGUGCUGGACGAAGCCCUCUACAACCCCACCAUGCCUGUCGAAGAGCGCGGCCAAGGUGCUUGGGAUCGCAAAAUGCCCGCGUCGCCCGCCAUAGGCAAGCGCACACGAGAUGCAGAGCCGAGUCAGGCACUGAAUCCUUUCCGCAGGAAGCUACGUCGCUCAGCAAGUACCAAGGUUGGCAGCCAAAGUGAUGCCUUUUGGGCGGGCAUCACAGCGCCCAGUUUCGAACGACCGAUUGAUGAGGAUGAAUGGACAGAGGAAAUCGUUACUAAGCCAGAUAGACGACUCACAAGCAUUUUGCGCCAACACCUCGAGAGCAACGGCGCGCACGUAAUCCAUGCGACCGAUCUCAACAAUGCGCCAUCCGACGAUCUAAGACGAGGCUACUUCGUAAUACCACAUGACGUCGAGGUCGAUUCGGCGGCACUUCCGGGGCGUGCCGGAGAACACAUAAACCUGGCCACUAAUUGGUGGGUCGAGCGCUGCCUGUAUGGCAAACGUCUAGUAGAUCCGUCGGACGAUGUGUUAAGUCGACCAUUCGAAAAGCUUAGUAUCAGCGGGUUCUCUGGACUCACCAUCAACUCUACGGGCUUUUCCGGCAUCGAGUUACUGCAUGUGACCAAAGUUGUCACGCUUAUGGGUGCCUCGUACGAUGAACAGCUAUCGGCGAAGACCUCGGUUGUGAUCUGCAACCCUCCUACCAUAAACACACCGAAACUCAAAUUCGCCACGGACAAACGGAUACCCGCUGUUCAUGCCGCAUGGCUUUGGGAUUGUCUGCGUAGUGGUCGGCUACAGUCGUAUGCCGAGUAUCAAUUGAACAAGCCAGCGCCGCCUCAGCCACAGAAGCCUAAACAGAGGCCUCAACCACAAGAUGAUGUGCCCACUGCACUGUUGUCCACGGAAGAGAGCCUUGAGCUUCGUCAGAAAAAGCAACAGCCUACCAAUGCCGUGAAAACGUCUCUGCACCCACAGCAGCGUGGUACUCUUGCUCUCACUGCACCAGCAGAUGCAACGCCUGCAUCAACUACAGAUGAGGCGGAUACUUCCAACAAUGAUACUAACGGCCUGAAUUACGAUGAUGAUGAGUCUGUCAUACCUGGAUUGGAUGGCGCAGGUUCCCACCCCCUCCAAGAAACCAGCGCCAACUCCCCGCGCCGCCCAUCAACGUCCCCGCAUGCCUCAAAAUCAUUCUCACGACCCAGGAGUUCGUCGGCCGAGUCUCUCAUAGCCCCGGCACCCCGCAAGUCCAAGGCUGGUCAGAUCCCAGAUCCGGUCGUUCCUGUUCCUGAACCCGACUCCGUGAUCCCGGCGGAUACCGAGUCGGUACCACAGGAAGCACCAAAAGAAAAAGAAACAAUAAAGGCAAAAGGACCGGAAGAAGGAAAGGAUUACUCUUCCAUCUUAGCUCAGAUGCGCGCAAACCGCAAGACCGUGCCAACGUCUGUCGAUCAGGCACCUGGCAAGACGCGGAAGAGGCGGCAGCUUGGUCGCGCAACGUCCACGCGGUCGAACGCGUCAGCGGGUGAUAGCUCCGGGAACAUUCUGGCUGGAGAAGAGGAAGAAGAGGAGAACACGGUGCUGGUGGAGGAAUACCAGCCUAGCCAGGAGCUAGGUUGGGAUUCUCCUGGUGCUGCGAAAGCGAGGGAGCAGAUGAUCAAGAAGCUAGGUGGGACUAUGCAGGAGAAGAGCGUGGCAGUUGAAGGAAUUGGCGUCGUGAAGGACGUUGGAGGGAAUACUACGGGAAGGGCGGGUAGGAAGAGGCGAGGGUGA